AUGCCAGAGGCAAUUUUUAUAAUUUGCAACAAUAUCAAAUCAGAUAGCCUUCAAGAAACAGAUCUCUUAGCCAAAGGAAUUGUUUAUAAUAAAUCAAUUAGAAAUAACCAGAAGGAUAUUUAUAAAAUACUAAAAAAAAGAAAUUUAUUCAAUAAGUUAUUAUUAAGUAAGGAUGAUAUCAAAUUUGCCAAAUAUAAACUCUCAAAUCCAUCAAAAGAGUUUAUUAAAGCAUUUGUAACAGAUGGGAAUCUGAGAAUUGGUGAAAAUGAUGAAAAGAGAUUACAUUGUUCUUUGAUUAGUUUUAUGUGUCAAUUGGAAUUUGUUUGGCAUAAUCCAUCAUUUCAAGAUUACAAAUCAGUUGAUAUUAGAUGGGAUGGUUGCCAAGUGCAAUCAACAAAACAAAAUCAUGAAAAUAAUGGCCAAAGGAAAUACCCAGAUGAACAUAUUGAUGAAGAUUUUGAAAGGUUAACAAAAUUUGCAAAAAAUAGUUAUGUACAUAAUUAUAAUUUUAUAGACAGAUUUGAGAUUAAGGAUGCUUUGACUUAUGUGUUAGAAAAAUUGAUAGUUAUAUGCUUUCAUUUCUAUC